UAAUUUAUUUCACCAGGCUAAUUUAUAAAUUGAAAUUGAUACUUUGGUUAUCUCUAAUUAUUUUACUUCACAUCUGGCUUUUGACUUUUUUCCCUGAAAUGAGAGUUCAAGCUCUAACAACUUUCUGAAUAGCUGAAUGGACGGUAAAUUUUCUGAAAGGUUACUAGAGAGUAGAUUUUGGGAGUUCUCACUGAACACACAAAAAAUUGCAACGAUGCGAGGUGAUGGAUAUGUAACCCUCGCUAUACCUGCGUUUUUCAUUUGUGAAGUGUAACGAAAUGGGGAUAAGGGUUUUGAGAGGAUUAAGUGCUUAGAACAGCACCUGGCCCAUACUUAACAGUGUUAGUAAUUGCAUGUCUACUUGUCUUUUUAAAAAAUAUACAUGUUAUUGAUUUUAGAGAGGAAGGGAGAGGGAGAGAGAGAGAGAAACAUCAAUGAUGAGAGACAAUCAUUGACCAUCUGCAUCCUGAACGUCCCCCACUGGGGAUCGAGCCUGCAACCCGGGCAUGUGCCUUGACCACGGCAUCGAAUGGUGGCUUCCUGAGCCACAGCGGCCGGGCUGUCUACUUUCUUAUGUGCAUAUUUCAUAUCUGCUCCAGGCAACCAGGAAGCUUCUGCAGAGUUAAGAAGGUUGCCCACUUUUCCCAUUACAAUUUGUGCCUCACGGCCCAGGCUCCGCCCACAGCCCGGUGGGCGGGGCGAGGUGCCGCCAGUUCCUGGGCGGGGCUGGGCUGGCGUGCCUCCAGGCGCCGGCGCCGUGAGGUAGGACGUUACCCGUUGACGCAGCCGCAGUGCCGCCGGGCUCCGCUCGGACCCCCGCCCCCAUCCUCCGCCUCCCUCUGUGUCAGUGGUCUGGGCCGGGCCGGACCUCGGGAGGCGGGCUGGACCUGCGGCGGCGGCGGCCCGGCUGGCAGGGCUAGAGGGCGUGCGCGCGGGCAGAGCUCGGCAGGCCGCGGACGCUCGGCGCUGCCCCGCUGCCCAGGGCCCUUGGCAUCCUCCGAUGAGAGGCCGGGCGGUUCCGGACCGCCCCAGUCGCUCGCCCAGGUGAGGGGAUGGGACCGGGUUCGGUUGGUCAGCACUUUGUCCAGUGUCUCGGGACCUCAGGCGGGUCGGAGGUGGGGAGGUUUGGCUUCAUCUCAACUGCCUGCUGUGGUGUCGACACAUUCGCCGUCUUUUGCUCUCCCUACCUGCAGCACCAGGACCUGAGACCGGUGUCGUAGGUUUGUUAAGAUGAAACACUGCAGAUGGGCCUUCUGAAGAUAAGGAGAAGGAAAAACAACAUUGAAGACUCUGGGAAUAAAAACAGGACAAAAAGCCAUCAGAAAGAAAAUAUGAAGAUAACAGAAUGAGGAAGAAUAAUUGAUAUAGCUGAUCACUGACUAAGCUGGAAGGGAUGCAGGUCAAAGACCUUUAGAUGCUGCUCUGGAAAAACUUUAAUAAUGGAUCAAAGGAAGAAUGACAGUAUUGUUCCUAGUAUCACCCAAUUAGAAGAUUUUCUUACAGAACACAAUUCUAAUGUUGUGUGGCUCCUCGUUGCUACCAUUUUGUCCUGUGGAUGGAUUAUUUAUCUCACAUAUUAUAAUUCUCGGAAUGUUGGUCUUAUUUUAACCUUGGUUGUCAACAGAUUAUACAAACAUGGCUAUAUCCAUAUUGGCUCCUUCUCUUUCUCUGUUCUUUCUGGAAAAAUCAUGGUUCGUGAAAUCUAUUACAUUACAGAAGACAUGUCUAUUAGAAUUCAAGAUGGAUUUAUAAUUUUUCGGUGGUGGAAAAUGUAUAACCCAAAGCAGAAGCAGCAUGAUCCAAAGGCGGAAACGAGAUUAUACAUCACAGUUAAUGACUUUGAGUUUCAUGUCUAUAAUCGUUCGGAUCUUUAUGGACGUCUUCAAGAAUUAUUUGGUUUGGAGCCAACAAUAAUCCCCCCCAAGAAAGAGGAUGAUAAAACACGGGAAAAUGGAAGAACAGGAACCCAGUCCAACAUUGAAAGAGUUAAAAUAAAAACAGAAUCUCAGGACCCCACAUCUUCAUGGAGAUCGCUUAUUCCAGUUAUAAAGGUCAACGUGAGCACAGGUCGCCUGGCCUUUGGAAAUCAUUACCAACCUCAAACUCUGUGUAUCAACUUUGAUGAUGCUUUUUUAACUUAUACUACAAAACCACCUUCCAGUCACCUUGACCAAUUCAUGCAUAUUGUGAAAGGAAAGCUUGAAAAUGUUCGAGUCAUGCUUGUUCCUAGUCCAAGAUAUGUUGGUCUUCAAAAUGAUGAGCCACCGAGAUUAAUGGGAGAAGGCUUUGUGGUGAUGCAGUCAAAUGAUGUUGACAUCUACUACUACAUGGACGAGCCAGGACUUGUACCAGAAGAAACAGAGGAAAAUAUUGAAGGAGAAUUGAGUAGUGAGGAUUGCAAAUUACAAGAUUUGCCUCCGUGUUGGGGACUUGAUAUAGUUUGUGGUAAAGGAACAGAUUUCAACUAUGGGCCAUGGGCCGAUAGACAGAGAGAUUGUUUAUGGAAGUUUUUCUUCCCACCUGAUUAUCAAGUUCUGAAAGUUUCUGAAAUUGCACAGCCAGGGAGACCAAGACAGAUCCUUGCCUUUGAACUGCGAAUGAAUAUUAUUGCAGAUGCUACAAUUGACUUGCUGUUUACCAAAAAUAGGGAAACAAAUGCUGUGCAUGUCAAUGUUGGUGCUGGCUCCUAUUUGGAGAUCAAUAUUCCCAUGACAGUCGAGGAAAAUGGUUACACUCCUGCAAUUAAAGGACAACUGUUACAUGUUGAUGCCACUACCAGCAUGCAGUACCGGACCCUGUUAGAAGCAGAAAUGCUAGCGUUCCACAUCAUUGCCAGCUACCCCCGAGUAUGGAACAUGCCCCAGACGUGGCAGUGUGAAUUAGAGGUGUAUAAAGCCACCUACCACUUCAUCUUUGCACAGAAGAACUUCUUCACAGAUUUAAUUCAAGACUGGUCUAGUGAUAAUGCUCCAGAUAUUUUUUCAUUUGUUCCAUAUACAUGGAAUUUUAAAAUCAUGUUUCAUCAAUUUGAAAUGAUUUGGGCUGCUAAUCAACACAACUGGAUUGACUGUUCCACUAAACAACAGGAAAAUGUAUAUCUGGCAGCCUGUGGAGAAACACUAAAUAUUGAUUUCUCUUUGCCGUUUACCGACUUCGUUCCAGUUACAUGUAAUACCAAGUUCUCCCUAAGAGGAGAAGAUGUUGAUCUUCAUCUGUUUCUACCAGAUUGUCACCCUAGUAAAUAUUCAUUAUUUAUGCUGGUAAAGAAUUGCCACCCAAAUAAAAUGACUCAUGACACUGGUCUUCCUGCUGAGUGUCAGAGCAGCCAGAAAACAGUUAAACCCAAAUGGCGGAACCUUACUCAAGAAAAGGCUGGUUGGGUUGAAUGUUGGACUGUCCCAAGUGUCAUGCUUACAAUCGAUUAUACAUGGCAUCCAGUUUACCCACAGAAAGCAGAUGAGCAGCUAAAACAAUCAUUAUCAGAAAUGGAAGAAACAAUGCUGUCUGUGUUGAGGCCAUCCCAGAAGACGUCAGACCGAGUCAUUUCUUCUCCCUCUACUUCUUCCCGCCCACCUGUUGACCCCUCCGAGCUGCCACCUGAUAAACUGCAUGUGGAGAUGGAACUUUCCCCAGACUCUCAGAUAACUCUCUAUGGACCACUAUUAAAUGCUUUUUUUUGUAUAAAGGAAAACUAUUUUGGGGAAGAUGACAUGUAUAUGGAUUUUGAAGAGGUUAUUUCAAGUCCGGUGCUGUCCCUGUCAACGUCAUCCAGCUCUGGAUGGACUGCAGUCGGAAUGGAAGGUGAUAGAAAGGAAAACGAAAGUUCAGCCAAGUCAAUUCAUCCUCUGUCCUUGCGUCCUUGGGAUAUUACCGUGCUUGUGAAUUUGUACAAAGUUCAUGGGCGUCUGCCUAUUCACGGAACUGCCGAUGGUCCUGAGUGUCCCACAGCUUUCUUGGAAAGACUGUGUUUUGAAAUGAAAAAAGGAUUUAGGGAGACCAUGCUGCAGCUUGUGCUGUCACCCCUGAGUGUGUUCGUCAGUGACAACUAUCAGCAGCGACCCCCUGUAGAUGACGCACUCAAGGAAGGUCAUAUUAAUCUGUCCGGUCUCCAGCUGAGAGCACAUGCCAUGUUCUCAGCAGAAGGUCUUCCUUUGGGAAGCGAUUCCCUAGAAUAUGCAUGGCUAAUUGACGUGCAGGCUGGAAGCCUCACAGCUAAGGUCACGGCACCACAGCUGGCUAGUCUCUUGGAGUGGGGUCAGACAUUUGUUUUUCAUGUGGUGUGUCGGGAGUAUGAACUGGAAAGACCCAAGUCAGUAAUAACAUGUCAACAUGGACUUGAUCGUCGGUUCUGCGAAUCCAAGUUGAGUUGUAUUCCUGGCCCCUGUCCAGCUUCAAAUGAUUUGAAAUACACCAUGACUCGUUUAGCGGUAGAUGGAGCUGAUAUUUAUAUUGUGGAGCAUGGCUGUGCUACAAAUAUAAAGAUGGGGGCAAUCCGGGUUGCAAAUUGUAAUCUCCACAACCAGUCGGUUGGGGAAGGGAUAAGCGCAGCAAUUCAGGACUUCCAAGUGAGACAGUACAUCGAACAGCUGAAUAAUCCCAGAGCUGGGCUCCAGCCUGCGAUUCUGCGGAGGGCCUACUGGCUAGAAGCUGGCUCGGCCACCUUAGGACUAAUCACUGUUGAUAUUGCACUGGCAGCUGAUCAUCAUUCUAAACAUGAGGCACAGAGACAUUUCUUAGAAACUCACGAUGCCAGAACUAAGAGGCUGUGGUUUUUGUGGCCUGAUGACACCCUGAGGAAUAAGAGGUGCAGGCACAAGUGUGGCUGUCUUGGUGGCUGCAGAUUCUUUGGUGGCACAGUGACUGGCCUAGAUUUCUUCAGGCUUGAAGAGUUGACACCAUCCAGUAGCUCUGCAUUUUCAAGCACGAGUGCAGAGUCGGACAUGUACUACGGACAGUCUCUGUUGCAGCCUGGGGAGUGGAUUAUUACCAAGGAAAUUCCCAAAAUGGUAGAUGGUCAUGUGAACAGCAUGAAGAGGAAAGAAUGGGAGAACAAAUCAGGAGGAAUGGAAGUGGAGAGGAAGACUCAGCACCUGAGCCUGCAGGUCCCCAUGCGCUGUCACAGCUCGUCCUCGUCCUCAGAUGACAACAGCAGCUCCAGUGCGGCCCAGCCUUUACUGGCUGCGGACAAGGAAAGCCCCUCUUCUGUGGCUGAUGACCCCGUGCCUCAGAAGGAAUUCCUGCAUGGAAUGAAAAGAGAUGACGGCCCAGUGAGUGUUCCUACAGAAAUUUCAGGAAAUAGCCCCGUGUCUCCUAAUACUCAGGAUAAGUCAGUAGGUCAAUCCCCUCUGCGGUCUCCCUUGAAACGACAAGCCUCUGUAUGUUCCACCCGACUUGGAAGUACCAAGAGCCUGACUGCAGCUUUCUAUGGGGACAAGCAGCCAGUCACAGUUGGAGUCCAGUUUAGUAGUGAUGUCUCCCGAAGUGAUGAGAAUGUACUGGACUCACCAAAGCAGAGAAGAAGUUUCGGUUCCUUUCCAUACACACCAUCAGCAGACUCUAAUUCAUUCCAUCAAUAUCGAUCAAUGGAUUCCAGCAUGUCAAUGGCUGACAGUGAAGCCUACUUUUCUGCCGCUGAAGAAUUUGAGCCUAUUAGCAGUGACGAAGGCCCUGGGACCUAUCCAGGUAGAAAAAAGAAGAAAAAGCAGACCCAGCAGAUUGACUACAGUAGGGGUUCCAUAUACCACAGUAUCGAGGGACCACUCACUGGCCACGGAGAAAGCAUUCAGGAUCCCCGAACUCUGCCAUUCAAAACUCACCCUUCCCAGGCUUCAUUCGUUUCUGCACUAGGUGGCGAAGAUGAUGUUAUAGAACAUCUGUAUAUUGUAGAGGGUGAGAAAACAGUAGAGAGCGAGCAGAUCACUUCUCAGCAACCAGUGAUGAGUUGCUAUCAGACUUACCUUACUCAGUUCCAGGUGGUUAACUGGUCAGUGAAGCACCCAACACACAAAAGGACCUCCAAGUCCUCCCUCCAUCGACCCCUUGAUCUGGAUACACCAACCAGUGAAGAAAGUUCAUCAUCAUGUGAACAGUUCUCUGUUCCAACUUUUAAGGUUAUCAAACAGGGGCUCACAGCUAAUUCUUUACUAGACAGAGGAAUGCAACUUUCGGGAUCAACUUCAAAAACACCAUAUACUCCUUUGGAAAAGAGAGCCGUUGACAGCACAGAUGAUGAAACAGUAAAGGAAGAGUGGACCCUGGAUCAGCCCAUCUCUCAGACCAGGACAACAGCCAUAGUUGAGGUCAAAGGAACUAUUGACAUUGUUCUGACUCCCCUGGUGGCUGAAGCUUUAGACAGGUAUAUCGAAGCGAUGGUUCAUUAUGCUCACAUCCGCCAUCCAGCUGCAAUUGUGGAUGACCUUCAUGCCAAGGUCCUCAGGGAAGCUAUGCAAAAUAGCAGGACUACCUUCUCAGAAAAUUUAUCUUCCAAACAAGAUGUUAGAGGAACAAAAACUGAGCACACUACCAUAGGAAUGACUAACCAAGGACAAGCACAGACAGAUCUUAUCAUGAAACAAGAUAAUGUGACAAUUAAAGGUCUUCAAGCUAAUGUCAGCAUACCAAAGGUAAACUUAUGUUUGUUACAAGCCUCAGUGGAAGAAUCUCCAAGUACAGCUUCCAGUAGAAGCAUGACUCACAUGUCUCUGGUUGCAUUGUGUUUUGACAGAAUUGCUACACAAGUUCGUAUGAACAGAGGUGUGGUUGAAGAGAUUUCAAACAACACUGAACCUGGUCGGACAUCACAGUUUGAUAGGUAUGUCCACACCUCUAAAAUGCAGCCACAGUCGUCUGGAUCUCUCAGAUCAAACACCGGAGCAGAAAAAGGCAAAGAAAUUGCUGCCAAGUUAAACAUUCAUCGAGUUCAUGGGCAACUCAGGGGUCUUGAUACAAAAGAUAUCGGCACCUGUGCCAUCACUGCGAUUCCCUUCGAGAAGUCCAAAGUCUUAUUUACUCUGGAAGAGCUGGAUGAGUUUACUUUUGUGGAUGAGACUGACCAGCAAGCUAUUCCGGAUAUAACUCGAAUGGGUCCCAGCCAAGAAAAAUGGGGUUGGAUAAUGUUUGAAUGUGGACUUGAAAAUUUAACCAUAAAAGGAGGAAGACAGUCCGGUGCUGUUUUGUAUAAUACUUUUGGAACGAUGGGCAAAGCUAGUGUCACAGAAGGGGGUGGAGUGCUGACAUCCAAUAAUUCUUCUGAUUCUCCGACCGGCAGCGGCUAUAACACCGACGUCUCUGAUGAUAAUCUUCCUUGUGAUCGAACAAGCCCUUCUUCAGACUUAAAUGGAAAUUCUGUUUCCGAUGAGCAGGAUGAAGGAGUUGAAUCUGAUGAUUUGAAGAAAGAUGUGCCUCUUAUGCCGCCACCUCCCGAUUCCUGCAGCAUGAAGCUGACCAUCCAGGAGAUUUGGUUUAGUUUCGCAGCUCCCACCAACGUGAGGUCUCCCACUCAUGCAUUUUCUAGGCAGCUAAACCUCUUAAGCACUGCGACCCCCGCGGUGGGUGCGUGGCUCGUUCCUGUUGACCAGCUCAAGUCGUCCUUGAACAAAUUGGAAACAGAGGGAACGCUGAGACUCUGUGCUGUGAUGGGAUGCAUCAUGACUGAAGCGCUAGAGAAUAAAAGUAUGCAUUUUCCCCUAAGAAGUAAAUACAACAGACUUACAAAACUGGCUCGCUUUCUCCAAGAAAACCCUUCUUGUUUACUGUGUAAUAUACUCCACCACUACCUGCACCAGGCAAAUUACACCACCAUCGAGGAUGCUACAAUGGGUGAUGGACUUCCUGCCUUGGUAACCUUAAAGAAAGGGUUAGUUGCCCUGGCAAGGCAGUGGAUGAAGUUCAUUGUGGUGACACCAACCUUUAAAGGAGUCAACUUACAUCGGCCAGCUCAGCCCGUGAAGCCCCAAGCAGCUGUGGACCAUGAACACGAAGAUGGCUUUGGGCUGGACAAUGGAGGUGGUCUUCAAAGUGAUACCAGUGCUGAUGGAGCAGAAUUUGAAUUUGAUGCAGCCACAGUCAGCGAGCACACGAUGCUGCUGGAAGGAACAGCCAGCCGACCUCCCCCCAGCGGCUCUGGGCCUGUGACUGGCGCUGAGAUAAUGAGGAAACUCUCCAAGACUCACACCCACAGUGACUCUGCAUUAAAGAUAAAGGGCAUCCACCCAUACCACUCCCUGAGCUACACCAGUGGAGACACCGCCACGGAUUCUCCAGUGCAUGUGGGCCGUGUUGGGAUGCCAGUGAAGGAGAGUCCACGGAAGGAGAGCCUGCUCAGCUACCUGACCGGGAGCUUCCCAAGCUUGCACAACCUCCUGGAGGGCACUCCUCAAAGGAGCAGUGCAGCUGUGAAAAGUAACUCCCUGACGAGAACAGGAAAUACAGUGGCUACAGAUAUGUUAUCUGAACACCCCUUGCUAUCUGAGCCAUCAUCUGUGAGUUUCUAUAACUGGAUGUCCAAUGCGGUGGGUAAUCGAGGAAGCGUGGUGCAGGAAUCUCCUGUCACAAAGUCAGGGCACAACAGUCUUCCAACAGGUGUUGCGCCCAAUCUUCCCACAAUACCCUCAGCCUCAGAUUUCAACACCAUCUUGUCUAGUGACCAGAACACUCUGGAUGGGACCCCUUCUCAGCACAGUAUGAGUCAGGAUGAUGUGGCAGGUGUAGAAGAAGCCAACCAAGGUUUUCCUGCGGUUCAGCUGGCUGAUGCCCAGGUUGUUUUCAAGCCUCUUCUGAGUCACACAGGGAUUCAGUCCCAGGAUGCGAUGCCACUGUGCUACCGCAUGUACUUUGGCGAACACCUUUCAUUUUCAGGGACACUGGACUGUCUCCGAGCAGAUAUCGUGGACUCAGACACAGCCAAGGAGAGAAAAAGCAAAAGGGCAAGAAGGCAAGGCCAUGUGAAUCUUCCUCCACUUGAGUUCAAACCGGCAUUAAUGUUGGAAACCUUUAGCAUCAGUGCAGUCAUGAUGGAAAAGUCUGUGUGCACCCCUCAGAACUCCACCAACGCUCUUUCUUUCCAUGAUCUUAACAAGCGUUACUACAAUACCUUCCACUGCAACUUCACCAUUUCCUGUCAGUCUAUAAGCCAGCACGUGGACAUGGCUUUGGUUCGUCUCAUUCAUCAGUUCAGUACAAUGAUAGAUGACAUCAAAGCGACUCAGACUGACAUUAAACUGAGCAGAUACACAGCUGGAUCAGCUUCGCCAACACCUACCUUUAGAACCAGAAAACAUCGGGAUUUCCGCUCCUCUGACUUCAGCCGCAGUUCCAGAGGAAGUCUUAACGGUGGCACCAGAGUAAAUAAUGCAAAGAACAAACGGACCAACCCUGAGAAUAACAAAAAGGAAUCUCGAAACAAAAACUCAUUGGGAAGAUCUGAGAGAAGAACCUCCAAAGUGUCUAGGAAAGGCUCCAAGGACGUGGUGGAUCACAUGGCGAUCCCCAUGGAUGACUCUGACUCCAUUACCGUGUCAGAGCAGAGUGAACCCUCUGCCGAGUGCUGGCAGAACAUGUACAAACUGCUGAACUUCUAUUCUCUAAUCUCUGAUCCAACAGGAAUACUGGAAAAAUCUUCAGACGCAUUUGGACCAGCAGGCGUUCGGAGCCCGACAGAGCCAACCUGUAAAGUGGUGUUUGAGAAUGAACAGGACAAUAACAGUGUGACAAAAACGCAGAGGAAGCGCAGCUUGGUGACAGCGGAGCCCCAGCAUGUCACCCUGAUCGUGUUCGGGAUCGGCAUGGUGAACCGCACACACCUGGAGGCGGACAUCGGUGGGCUCACAAUGGAGUCCGAGCUGAAGAGGAUUCAUGGCAGCUUCACACUGAAGGAGAAGAUGAAAGAUGUUUUACAUCAAAAGAUGACUGAGACAUGUGCCACUGCGCAUAUUGGUGGGGUUAAUAUUGUGCUGCUUGAAGGGAUCACACCAAAUAUACAACUGGAGGAUUUUCCUACAUCUCCUACAAGCACAGCCAAACAAGAGUUUCUAACUGUAGUGAAAUGCAGUAUCGCCAAGUCCCAGGCUCUCUACAGUGCCCAAAGAGGGUUGAAGACGAACAACGCUGCCGUGUUCAAAGUCGGAGCUAUCAGCAUCAACAUUCCACAGCACCCCGCCACCUUACAUAGCAUGAUGGUUCGGAGUUCUCACCAGCUGUCGAAGCAGAUCUCAGACCUCAUCAGACAACCUUCUACACUCACACAGCCUGUAAAAGAAGAUGUUGCAACUCCCCUACCUUCUGAAAAAACGCCAACGAGUGUUAAUCAGACCCCUAUUGAAACAAAUGAAUUUCCUCAGCUGCCGGAAGGCUUAGAAAAGAAGCCUCUGGUCCUGAAGUUCAGCACCAUGUUGGACGGCAUUGCCAUUGGAGCUGCGCUGCUGCCCUCCCUGCGGGCUGAGUACAAGAUGGGCAGGAUGCGGAGCCAUGGGAUGACAGGUGCACAGACCAGGUUUACAUUUGAGCUGCCAAAUCACAGGUUGCGUUUUACUUCAAAAGUUUCUGCCACAGAUAUGUCUACUAUUCCUCCUUCUGCCAGUCUUAACCUGCCUCCUGUUACUAUGUCUGGAAAAUACAUCAUGGAAGAGCAUGAUAGUUAUUCAGAUCAGGUGUGGAGUAUAGAUGAACUGCCUUCGAAACAAGGGUACUUUUUACAGGGAAAUUAUCUACGUUGUGUGGCAGAAGUUGGUUCUUUUGAACAUAAUCUCACAACUGAUCUUCUAAACCACUUGGUGUUUGUCCAGAAAGUGUUCAUGAAGGAAGUUAAUGAAGUGAUACAAAAAGUCUCUGGCGGGGAGCAGCCAAUUCCUCUCUGGAAUGAACACGAUGGGACAGCGGAUGGAGAGAAGCCUAAGAUUCUACUCUAUUCCCUCAACUUGCAGUUUAAGGGUAUUCAAGUCACAGCUACAACUCCAUCAAUGAGAGCUGUGAGAUUUGAAACUGGAUUGAUUGAACUGGAACUUUCGAACCGACUUCAAACCAAAGCCUUACCAGGAAGCAGCAGCUACCUGAAACUAUUUGGUAAAUGCCAAGUGGAUUUGAAUCUGGCAUUAGGACAAAUUGUCAAACAUCAGGUUUAUGAGGAAGCUGGUUCUGAUUUUCAUCAAGUUGCCUAUUUUAAAACAAGAAUUGGAUUAAGAAAUGCUCUCCGAGAAGAAAUCAGUGGCUCUUCAGAUAGGGAAGCUGUGCUUAUUACCUUGAAUAGACCGAUCGUGUAUGCGCAGCCGGUGGCCUUUGACAGAGCUGUGCUGUUUUGGCUGAACUAUAAGGCUGCCUAUGACAACUGGAAUGAACAACGAAUGGCUUUACAUAAGGACAUUCACAUGGCUACAAAGGAAGUAGUAGAUAUGCUCCCCGGAAUCCAGCAAACCUCUGCCCAGGCCUUCGGGACACUCUUUCUGCAACUCACUGUGAAUGAUCUGGGGAUUUGCCUGCCUAUCACAAGUGCUGUACAGUCCAAUCACAGCGGAGACCUGGACACUGGCUCUGCCUUGGUGCUGACCAUUGAAAGCACUCUCAUCACUGCUUGCUCUUCUGAGUCUCUGGUUAGUAAGGGGCAUUUCAAAAACUUCUGCAUCCGUUUUGCUGACGGCUUUGAAACAUCGUGGGAUGACUGGAAGCCAGAAAUCCGUGGGGAUCUAGUGAUGAAUGCCUGUGUGGUUCCUGAUGGCACCUAUGAAGUGUGUUCCCGGACUACAGGACAGGCAGCUGCUGAGAGCAGUAGUGCUGGGACCUGGACACUGAAUGUGCUGUGGAAAAUGUGUGGCAUCGAUGUGCAUAUGGACCCGAACAUUGGCAAAAGGCUGAACGCUCUGGGCAACACUCUGACCACACUGACUGGGGAGGAGGUCAUAGACGACAUGGCUGAUCUGAACUCCAUGAACAUCGGUGACCUGUCGGACGAGGACGAAGUGGACACUAUGUCUCCCACUGUCCACACUAGUUCAGAUGGAAGUUCAGUAAGUGGAGAUGGCCACAAGCUCACCUUUGGGCAGCGACUUGUAAAUCACCUGCUAGGCCUGACGCCCCCACACCAGCGCUAUUCUGUUCCUGCAGAGUAUUUGUGUGAGCCAGAGCAGGGGGGCUCCCCACAGUCAGGCCAGGCCCAUUUGAAAGUGUGCAGAGCUCACUCAUGGGGAAAUGAAGCUGUAGAAUAUCGAAGACAAGGAGCAUCUUGUAGCCAGCCGGGAGAUCUGAGAGGCAGAAAAAUGAUGAAGCGAAUAGUGGAUAUCAGAGAGCUGAAUGAACAAGCCAAAGUCAUAGACGAUCUUAAAAAAUUAGGUGCAAGUGAAGGAACCAUAAACCAAGAAAUUCAACGUUACCAACAAUUAGAAUCUGUUGCUGUGAAUGACAUUCGAAGAGAUGUUCGUAAAAAGUUACGGAGGUCCAGUAUGCGAGCUGCUUCCCUGAAGGAUAAGUGGGGGUUGGGUUACAAACCGAGUUACAACCGAUCGAAGACCAUUUCGGCUUCUGGAAGACCACCUCUUAAGCGAAUGGAAAGGGCAAGUUCUCGAGUAGGAGAGACUGAGGAGCUUCCAGAAAUCCGUGUAGAUGCAGCAUCUCCUGGGCCCAGAGUAACGUUCAAUAUCCAAGACACAUUGAAAAAAACAAUAUGGGGAAGCACACCGCAGUCCAGCCCUCCCGGGGAAGGGUAUUUUCAGUUUCCAGAGGAGACAGAACUGGACCUUUUGUCAGUCGCCGUCGAUGGUCCCUCCCAUUACUCAUCCGCCAGUGAAGGGUCCCAUUCCGUGUUCAGUUCUCCCAAAACUCCAGGUGUUACUUUCCAAUCUGAAGACAGCCGACGGGAUGACAGUUUGUCUUCUACAAGCGAAGAUUCCGAGAAGGAUGAAAAGGACGAAGAGCAUGAGAGAGAAAGGUUUUAUAUUUACAGGAAACCCUCCAGACAUACGUCUCGUAAAAAAGCCACAGGCUUUGCUGCUGUUCACCAACUGUUCACAGAGCGUUGGCCCACAGCUCCCGUCAACCGGAGCCUCAAUGGCACAGCUACUGAGAGAAAUAUCGACUUUGAACUUGACAUACGGGUUGAAAUUGAUAGUGGAAAAUGUGUGCUUCACCCAACCACCCUCCUACAAGAACAUGAUGAUAUAAGCUUGAGGAGAAGUUAUGAUAGAAGUUCCAGGAGUUUAGAUCAAGAUUCUCCUUCAAAAAAGAAGUUUCAAACUAAUUAUGCUUCUACCACCCAUUUAAUGACUGGCAAGAAAGUCCCAUCAUCGCUGCAGACAAAGCCAAGUGAUUUGGAAACAACAGUCUUUUACAUCCCUGGAGUCGAUGUAAAGUUGCAUUACAACUCCAAGACACUAAAGACUGAAUCACCUAAUGCCUCCAGAGGGUCUUCCCUGCCAAGAACACUCUCUAAAGAGUCCAAGCUUUAUGCCAAAGGAAAAGGAAGUGGAGGAAUCAAAACAGCCAAGUUAUAUGCCUGGGUAGCACUUCAGUCACUGCCAGAGGAAAUGGUGAUCAGUCCCUGCCUGUUAGACUUUCUAGAAAAGGCUCUGGAAACUAUCCCAAUCACACCAAUUGAGAGGAAUUACACAACUGUCAGCUCCCAAGAUGAAGACAUGGGGCAUUUUGAGAUUCCAGACCCUAUGGAAGAGUCAACAACAUCGUUAGUGUCAUCCUCCACAUCUGCUUACUCUUCCUUCCCGGUGGACGUCGUGGUCUAUGUCCGCGUGCAGCCCUCACAGAUCAAGUUCAGCUGUUUACCAGUAUCAAGAGUAGAAUGCAUGCUGAAGUUGCCAUCCCUGGACCUGGUGUUCUCUUCAAACCGGGGAGAACUGGAGACUUUAGGAACCACGUGUCCUGCCGAGACUUUGUCCCCUGGAGGUAAUGCCAAUCAGAGUGGAGCAAAGGCCUCUGCAGGCAAGACGGGAACCCCAGGUUCAUCAGGACUGGGCAGCCCUCUUGGCAGAAGUCGGCACAGCAGCAGUCAGUCAGAUCUGACCACUUCUAGCAGUAGCUCCUCCGGGCUGAGCUUCACUGCCUGCAUGUCUGACUUCUCCCUCUACGUGUUUCACCCUUACGGAGCUGGAAAACAGAAGAGUACUGUUUCUGGCCUCACGUCGGGGUCAGGAGGCUUAGGGAAUGUGGACGAAGACCCCACUUCAGUCACUGGUCGAAAAGACUCACUGAGUAUAAACCUUGAGUUUGUAAAAGUGAGUUUGUCUCGGAUAAGGCGUUCAGGAGGUGCCUCGUUUUUUGAAAAUCAGUCUGUAAAUAAGUCUGCAAGCAAAAUGGACACCACACUAAUAAAUAUAUCUGCUGUUUGUGACAUAGGUUCUGCUUCCUUUAAGUAUGAUAUGCGCCGGCUCAGUGAAAUUCUGGCAUUUCCAAGAGCCUGGUACAGGAGAAGUAUUGCAAGACGUCUCUUCCUUGGAGACCAAACUAUAAAUUUGCCAACGUCUGGCCCAGGGACACCUGAUUCCAUCGAAGGGGUGAGCCAACAUCUUUCCCCGGAAUCAUCAAGAAAAGCUUACUGCAGGACCUGGGAGCAGCCUAGUCAGUCAGCCUCCUUCACCCACAUGCCUCAGUCACCCAAUGUGUUCACUGAGCACAUGACAAACAGCACCAUGUCACCAGGGACAGUGGCACAGAGCCUGAAGUCCCCAGCUUCCAUAAGAUCCAGGAGUGUAUCGGAUUCUUCAGUUCCCCGAAGAGACUCACUUUCAAAAACAUCAACUCCUUUUAACAAAUCCAACAAAGCAGCAAGUCAACAAGGGACUCCAUGGGAAACACUUGUCGUGUUUGCUAUCAACUUGAAGCAAUUAAACGUCCAAAUGAAUAUGAGUAAUGUAAUGGGAAAUACAACUUGGACAACGAGUGGUUUGAAGAGCCAGGGCCGCCUGUCAGUAGGAAGCAACCGUGACCGAGAGAUCAGCAUGUCCGUGGGGCUGGGAAGAUCCCAGUUAGACUCUAAGGGAGGGGUUGUUGGAGGGACCAUCGAUGUCAAUGCACUGGAGAUGGUUGCUCAUAUUUCUGAACAUCCGAAUCAGCAGCCCAGUCACAAAAUUCAGAUCACGAUGGGCUCCACUGAGGCCCGCGUGGACUACAUGGGCUCCAGCAUCCUCAUGGGCAUCUUCAGCAAUGCUGACCUCAAGCUGCAGGACGAGUGGAAGGUGAAUCUGUGCAGUGCCUUGGAUUCAAGCAUAAGUGAUAAAAGUGAAAUUUUUGUCCAUGGAGAUUUGAAGUGGGAUAUUUUCCAAGUAAUGAUAUCAAGAUCAACCACACCAGACCUGAUAAAAAUAGGAAUGAAGCUCCAGGAAUUUUUCACGCAACAGUUUGAUACCAGCAAACGAGCUCUGUCUACCUGGGGACCAGUUCCUUAUCUUCCACCUAAGACAGUGACGAAUAUCCUAGAGAAAAGUUCACAAGAGCAGUUGCUGGACGCCGCCCACCAUCGACACUGGCCGGGAGUACUGAAGGUGGUAUCGGGAUGCCACAUAUCCUUAUUCCAGAUCCCAUUACCAGAAGAUGGAAUGCAGUUUGGAGGAUCGAUGAGCUUACAUGGAAACCACAUGACACUAGCUUGUUUCCAUGGUCCAAAUUUCCGUUCAAAAUCCUGGGCCCUUUUUCACCUAGAAGAACCAAAUAUUGCUUUUUGGACUGAAGCUCAGAAGAUCUGGGAGGAUGGUAAACUGACACAUUUCAAACUUUUACUCUUUCCAUCUUCUGAUGUGAUAAUACAUAGCAGAGUAACUUUUCUUUCUCAUAUCUUUUAUCUGUUUUCUCUUACAACAUUUCUGAAGUCCAUUCUAUUUGUUAUUAUGUACCUGACAUGUCAAGGAGUUCACUGCCAAUGAGUCAGUUUCUAUAAAGUCUGGGAUGUAAAAGACUUAUUUCUGAACUUG